GAUUCAGAGCUUAGUGCGAUAUUGAAUCAAGUGAACGUGUUUAAUUGAGCUUCCUUUAAAGUUAUCAAAUCAAACUUCAAAAUGCUGAUCAACCGACAUUCCUGUUCGAAACUACUUUUUUUGAUGGUUUGGCUGUGCUUGGCAUUUGACAUGAAACCUGUCUCGGCGGGGAAGUGUUGUCUUGACUUUAAAAAGUAAAAAAAAAACUAAAAGUCAAAUUGUGUCAUUGUUGAAUCAACUAUAUUGAUUACACCAAAUAAAUAAUUUUUGAGCAUA